CCCCCCGCGGAUUGAUUUGUAGAAAGAAAGAUCUUAGUCCUCCUAAAUAUCAACUUCUUUAGCUCUAUUUUGAAAUUGUGGAAAUGUAAUCUAUAGUUAAUUCAUCAAGCAAUGAGGCUGCAGCAAUGAGGCAUGCAACUAUCUGCUUGUACGUGGUUUGAGUUGUGGGUAGCUAGGCUAGGAGGUGCUGGUACUGCUGUGCUGCCGAGUGGCAAGGGCGUCGAGUUGUGGGAGCAUGUUGUGUGGCACUGUCGUAUUGGUGGUAUGGUGCUUUGCAAUGUAUUUGAGUAGUGCCAAGCAUGUUGUAUGUCCAGUCUGGAUUUUCAUCUUCUUUUUAAUAUUAUUGGCAGCUCUCUUACCCUUUUUUUUUAUAAAAAAAUUGCUAGUUAAAUGUCACUUGGCCUGCUGUACAUUGCUUAAUAAAUCAAGGUAGUAGGCAUGCAGGUUCUCAACAACAAAACCAAAUUUGUAGUUCAGGAAAAUUACGGUCACACAAUGUUUCAGAGGCCUUAUGGUGUCUCUUUUCCGUUAUAGAGGAACCUGAAAACUUAUUGUGAAUCGUAUUGAGCUUUCAUAGAACAAGGGCCAAGUACAGAUAGUCUUCCACUGGUUAAAGCAGUUACACAAACAAGUACUUGUCUAACAUGACUCAGUUCUUGAUGUUUGGCUAUUGACUGAAUUACAAAAACAGCAAAUCUUUAGCAAGUAGAGAAGCAGACGUGCGUACAGAGCGGUAGUAGAGCAGCCGGUUAUUGUGCUCCCAGCCCGGGUUCGAACCUGGAGGUCUACAUAUUAAAAGUAAGUCCAUCGCUGUGCAAACUACUUCAGCUGCUGGCUCAGGGAAUGCCGCCAGGGUUGGCAGCCUUCCAGACCUUUUCUAGACUCAAUGAUUUAGAUUCUUGAAUCAAAGCAGUGGGGGAGGUCUUUACCCGGGGUUUUUUUGGGGGGCUAGGCUAGAUAUGAAACCUACGAAUAUACAGUGAAAAAGAGCUUAUAAAAAGGUAUUAUAAUAGUAAUAAUCGUAAAAAGAAAUUUAUGUUUCAGGCAUGUAGAUUGCCCAUUGGCAUGUGCAAAAUCUUUUGGAGUACCCAAGGGUACUUUAUGAAUAGUUAGUUUGGCACCAUCCAUGGUAUCCAAAGCUGUAUUAUUACUAUACCCUGCCCAUAAUCUAUUGUCGCAUGCAAAAGAGUCCUGUGUUUUCUCCAAUCUAUGAACAAGAAGUCCAGUUUACACCCUCAAUGCCUUUUCGACAAAGAUAUCUGUUCUGAGGUUAUGAACAGUUUGGAAUCUCAAGAAAAGGCUCACAGGACACCACUGAUGAAUACUGCACAAUAUUCUAUGAAAAAGAAAAGGUGGAGCUUACUGAAGGUGGUACAUUUUGGUUAUCAGAAUCACCAUCAGUGCCAGGAAGCAUUUCAUGGGGAGCAACUGCACCCUGCAUUGCGACAUGGGCAAUUUCAACUCAAAAGAUUAGAACCACCAGGAUUCAGUUUCCAGAUCGUAAAUACAAAUCUUGAUGAAGUCAGCCCUCGUGCUCGACGAAGAAGCGCUCUGCUUACAUGGCAACAUAUAGCAUCCUUGCCACCCAAUUUGCCUGUUAUCUAUUGUGGAGGCUUCAACACGCAGAAGGAAUCUAUGACUGGGCGGUUUUUGCUUGGCAGAUCCAGAGAACAUGGUGUUGUGGGUGAUAUGAGAGAUGCUUGGCCUAAUGCGCGGGUGCGAAAAAACGUUUCACUAAUACAUACAUAUCAUGGAUUUAAAGGGGAGAAACACGGUGCGGUAGAAUUUCUCAAAUUAAUAUUUAGAGCGCUUUGCCUGUGCUGGGAUCGACAGACACAGGACUUGCAUAUUGACUGGAUCCUAUUUAGAGGGCGUCCACUCGUUCCUGCACUUUGUGAAGUCAUAAAUGGUAAUAUAGACAGUGUUUAUCCAUCCUCACACUUUCCCAUCUUUUCUGAGUUCUUGCUCCCACGCUCCGUCCGGUUAGCCGAGACACAGUCAUAGUCCUCACUUGUUCUUGUCAUGAGAUUUUUUUUGUUUUUAUUUCCCAUCCAUAUGUCGAUUAUGUCCCACUGUUUCUUUCCGUGGUAUCACUUUGAUCUGGCAACGACAUCCCCCUUGAACACAUCUCCAGGUUUCUUUUGUUAUCCCAUUACAAAGAACAAGACAAUCAGCAUAUGCAGCCCUUGUCAUGAGGCUUGUUUCAAGGGCAACGGGCUAUUCUGUUACCUCUGCUUGCUAUUCUUUUUUAUUCAAAUAUACUUUUAAGCCAUUCGUGAGAUUUUCAUGUAUAUAUAACUGUAUCUAUACAUGUUCUUUAUGACAAUUGUGAUUUGUGAGAUCUUGAAGUAAAUUAGCUGAUGUGAUGAAAACUUCAAGAUUGGUCAUUUUGCAGUAUAGUA